UGGGCAUUCCAUUCCUGAUUUUGUCCGUAUGGGUUUAUCAAAAAUACUUAAGCUGUCCGGUAUGAAUACCCUCUCACCUGAAAAAUAAAACAAAAUAAAAACAAUGAGUGGCAGUUGUCUAGGGAAACAACAAAAUCGUUCCUCCUCCCUCCUGAAUUUUUUUGGCAGGCCAGACGAGUAUCGAAGCCCAUAAAUAUGUCAAACAAGGGCAGCUCGAAUGGCAUAGAUCGUUGAUCUUCAGUCAAGGAUGAUGUACUCCCAGAUUUUGUUGGCGACGACGUUGAUUCUGUCCUUGACAGGUGUCGUUUUCGGUGAUGGACAACACAGUGGAAGCAGAGAUCGUGCUGCAGCUAGAGCUGCUCGCAAAGCCCAACGAGCUGUUACCGAAGACGCAACGUACUGGAAUCAACUUGGCCAGCAACUGCUUCUCGACGAACUGGGCAAACAGCGGAUCAAUAGCCAAGCCAAGAAUAUCAUUUUCUUUCUCGGCGAUGGUAUGUCAAUCUCGACCGUAACGGCCGCACGGAUCUACAAGGGACAGAAGGCAGGCAAAACUGGAGAAGAAGAACAGCUGUACUUUGAUCGAUUUCCUUACACCGCUCUAUCAAGGACCUAUUGCACGGAUGCCCAAGUAGCCGAUUCUGCCUGCUCUGCCACCGCUUACCUGUGUGGUGUCAAGACUGACACGGAUACGAUCGGAAUAGAUGCCAACGUCGAAUUCAAUAAUUGUACUACCCAGAAUGAUCCAGCCACACGAGUUGAUUCCGUUAUGGCCUGGGCCCAGGCUGCUAACAAAGGAACGGGAAUCGUGACAACGACACGUAUCACUCACGCCACACCAGCUGGAACGUACGCUCACGUUGCAAAUCGCGAUUGGGAAGACGAUUAUGCGCAAUCUUUCGAUGGUGCGGACUCAACCAUUUGCGAUGACAUUGCAGAACAACUCGUCCUUAAUAAUCCUGGCCAAAAUUUUAAGGUCAUUUUGGGAGGUGGACGUGCUUACUUCACACCAAGGACAGCCCAAGAUCCUGAAACCGGAGCAGCUGGCCGUCGUCGAGAUGGCAAGGAUUUGAUUGGACAGUGGGUGGCUAAUCACCCGACUGGCAAAUAUAUAACCACUCGCGAUGAAUUGGUUAAUCUUGAUGUUGCUGGAACAGAUUCUCUCUUCGGUUUAUUUAGUUCAUCUCAUAUGGAAUACUUUUUGGAAUCCGGCACGGCUAAUAAUCCUACAUUGGAAGAGAUGACGAGGACAGCUAUCCAAAUGUUGCAAAAAGAGGCCAACGGUUAUGUUCUGCUCGUCGAAGGCGGAAGGAUCGAUCAGGCCCAUCACGAUGGACGGGCUAAAGUAGCCCUUGAAGAAGCCUUCCAAUUCGAUUUGGCAAUCUCCGCUGCAGUCAAUUUAACAGACCCAGCUGAUACGCUCAUCAUCGUUACGGCAGAUCACUCACACACCAUGACAAUCAACGGCUAUCCCGAUCGUGGCAACGACAUUCUAGGCCUGGUCGGUUAUUUGGCUUCUGAUCUAAAACCAUACACAACUCUGAAUUAUGCCAACGGACCCGGCUACGUUAACGGCUACUUGGGAGGAGACCGUGUUGAUUUGACCAAUGUCGAUACGACUGCUGAUACAUUCAGGCAGCCAGCCUUAGUUCCUCUUGCGUCCGAGACUCACGGUGGCGAUGAUGUCGCUAUUUUUGCUCGUGGUCCUCAAGCCCAUCUUUUCCAGGGCGUCUACGAGCAGCACUACAUCGCCCACGUCAUGGGAUAUGCAGCCUGUAUCGGCCCCGGUGUCAAAUUCUGCGACGUUCCGCGAAGUCGUUAUUAAAUAGUUAAUUUAAUUAAAUAUAAAAACUGGAUUUUAUAUACCUAUGGCAAUGACCAAAUGUGCACUGAGAUUUGGAAAUUGAAAAAUUAUCUUCAAUUGGCUACAUCCACUAAUAAUAAAAGUUCAUAACAAAUUAUAUUUUUCUAUUGACCAACCUCUUGUUUGAUAUUACACGUUCUGUUCAAAAACCGGAAUAAAAUUUUUAAAUCGA